AUGGGGGACUUGCGAUGGGCUGCAGUCUUGUGGAUUGGCAUUGGCAUGGCCAGCGUCGGUCGCGCCAACGAAACCGGCUCCAGAAUAGAAUACUUCGAUGACCCCUACCUCAGGUUUCGUCCAGACUUUGCUCGCUCACUCCCAGUUCAAAUCCUCCUCACCGGCGUCGUCCUCACCCUCACCGCGGUCCUCUUCAUCCAUUUAAUGUUCACGGCCCAGUACCAUUGGCCACUCGCACCAGUCAACUAUGUCCUCCAACUAUCUGGCGUCACCACUCUCUUAAUUUCUCUCAUCGCCACCAUUCAUGUCGUCUUGUCCGCGACCAUGGCUCAGAGCGAACGCUGGCCGUACAUGCUGGACUAUAUUGCCGUCAAUGUCCCCCCACCGCUUGAAACAGAACCCGACGUGAAGAAAUGGAGUAUGGCUGAACGAGCGACAUGGCUUGUAAUGAAUGCCUCAACGUCUGGUCUUAUCCAGAUCACCCAUAUUCAAUUCUUGACUCUUCUAUACCCUUCUCGGCUGGAAGGAAGACUCAUUUUCAUGCUGCUGGGCCCACUCGCCAUUGUCGCCGCCGUAAUGCAACUCGUCCCAAUAAGCACCAACGUCAACGUCAAUAUCAUCGCCUCCGCAGUUCGCAAUGUCUGCAACGCCACUUUGUCGUUAUUAUUCACCGUCGCCUUGUUCAUUUGGGGCCUUCUCGUGAAUCGAAAACAGGCGUGGAGAACCGACGGAGGAACCGCAGCGUUUGGCGCUGCUGCACUUACCCUCGCCAUCGUCAGCACCGCGCUUAAUUUCCUCUAUGUUCACAAAGAAGAUGAAUUUGUCUGGUUGCCUGGCUUGAUGUGGGCUGUGAUACUUUGGCAGAGUUUCCUGGGAUGGUGGUGGUGGGUUGGCGCGGGGAGUGGUGCAGGUCUUGCCUCUGCGGAGGAUUUAGAGGACAGACUGGAACGUGAAGCCCAGCGCGAAUCAAGAAGGAGGAGGGCUCGCGAGAAGAAACGGCAAAAGAAGGAUAAAGCAAGGAGGGUUUGGAAUGAUGUAACGGGUGCACUCAGUCAUGGCCAUGCAACAGGCACUAAUUCGCGCAUCUCCGACGAUAUGAACUCCAACACUCGAUCGAGAACGUCUGGACGACGGUCUUCCCGGACAGGAGGCGACGACGAAAUGUCGGGACCCCCAUCUCCAACACCCUCACUCACGCCCUCAGUGACGUCGACACUCUCCGCCACCUCCGCCGUCUCAUACACCACCCUUCCAAGAGGUCUCCCGCGUUUCAUACAUCAGUGGUACGCCUCGCUUCGCCGCGAACAUGUUGCCGCCGCACGACGUCAGGCUGCUGAACGAGUCGAACGAAUCCGGGAACUCGAACGGAAUGGAACACAGAGGGCUCCACGUGCAGGGUCUGGAUGGGGGUUGGGGAGCUUUGGAUGGAUCAUUGCUCCUGCUCAUCCCUCGCCAGAUUCUAGGGGAAGAGACAAAUCGAGCCGAAGUAGGAGCCGUUCAAUGUCCGUUUCGCGCGGUAGGCAGCAUAAUGAAGAAGACGUUGAGCUUGCCGAGUUGGGUAGGGCUGAUAGUGCAAGUCAGAGCGGAGGGAGGGGAAGGAGGGCGCGGUCCACUUCGACGGACACUCGCGUUUCCCCUGACGGUGCUGAAUCGGGAGAUCAGCUCAGGCAAACCGACUCGAGCACGCCGUUACGCUCCCUUCGGGACAGGCGGAAUUCGCUACGAAUAACGAUUCCGGAUGUACCCUCAAGAACUGAAGUGACGACCGAAGCGACGACGACGCCUUCUUCAGCAACCUCCCCGCGAAACACCUCGACAGCAAGGCCGAAUUCGAUAUGGUGGUGGGGACCAUUGCGCAGAUGGAGAUUACAAGAUUCGACGAGAUACGCAUGA